AUGGAUAUGAAUUAUGAUACAUGGAUAUACCAUGGUGAGCGGAUUCAUCAAGUGCAAGGACAAACUUCAAGAUUUACGAAUGACGAGCGGACUAGUAAUCCUAAUGGCAACAUGGUCAAUAUGAUUGAGGAUGCAUUUCAAAUAUUGGAUGAUAAUGAUAAUGAUCAAGAUACAAUGGGUUAUCAAGAUACAUUGUGGAGUGAUGAGGUGACUAAUGCUCAUAGGGUAGAUUUUAAUAACUAUGAGAAGUUGUUUCAUGAAGCUCAAAUGGAACUAUACCCUGGAUGCAAUGAAUAUACAGUUUUGACCUACGUUGUGGAAUUAAUUCACAACAAAGUUGACAACCAUAUGACUGACAGGGCAGUUGAUAAGAUGUUAGUAAUGAUGAAGAAGAUGUGUCCCCAACUCAACCACGUUCCUAAAUCAUUCUAUGAGUGCAAGAAGAUAUUGAGAUGUCUUGGAUUGGGGUAUGAAAAUAUCCAUGCUUGUUACUACGACUGUGCAUUGUUUUAUAAAGAACAUGAAAAGAAAGAUAGAUGUCCAGUGUGUAAUGAGCCAAGGUAUAAGGCCAGUGCUUGUGAGCAAAGAAAGAAAGUUCCGAGAAAAGUAUUGCGGUAUUUUCCACUUAAACCAAGGUUGCAAAGGUUGUUCAUGUCAAGACAUACGAGCAAAGACAUGAGGUGGCACAAGGAUAAAAGAGUCAAUGAUGUGAACACAAUGAGGCAUCCGGCAGACUCUAUUGCUUGGAAAGAGUUUGACAAAAUAUAUCCUGAUUUUGCUCGAGACCCACGAAAUGUUAGAUUGGGCCUUGCAACUGAUGGGUUUAAUCCUUUUUCGGAUAUGAGCAAGCCUUAUAGUAUGUGGCCAGUUGUUUUGUUUCCGUAUAAUUUGCCCCCAUGGAAAUGUAUGAAAAAGUCAUUCUCUUUUCUCACCUUGUUAAUUCCUGGACCCAAUGCACCUGGAAAUGAGAUUGAUGUAUAUUUGCGUCCAUUAAUAGAUGAGCUUAAGGAAUUAUGGGAAAGUGGCGUUCAAACUUAUGAUAAGAUGGCUGCAUGUACUUUUAAUUUGCGUGCAGCUGUGAUAUGGACCAUCAAUGAUUUUCCUGCUUAUGGAAAUUUAUCAGGUUGGAGCACUCACGGUAAGUUGGCAUGUCCAGUAUGUAAUGAGGAUGGAUCGUACACUAAGCUGAGAAGUAAGUAUUGUCAUAUUGGACACCGUCGUUAUUUACCAAUGAAUCAUUCAUGGCGGAAGAAUACUGCACUCUUUAAUGGUCGUCGAGAGAUGAGAAAUCGUCCGAGAGAUUUCUCAGGCGAGGACAUACUUGAUCAAUUAGAUUAUAUUGUUCCUCGCACGUUUGGUAAGCAUCGUGAUAAUAAAGACAAGAAGAGGAAGCGGAAUGCUGAAGAAUUAAACUGGACAAGGAAGAGUAUUUUUUUCGAGUUGGAAUAUUGGUCGAAAUUGAAGAUUAGGCAUAAUCUUGAUGUAAUGCACAUUGAGAAGAACAUAUUUGAUAUUUUGAUUGGGACAUUGUUGAAUACGGAGAAAUCAAAGGACACACUCAAGGCGAGGAUGGAUUUAAAAGACAUGAAUAUCAGGGAAAGUUUGCAAUUGGAAUUGAAUGAAAAUAAUAAAUUGGAUAAGCCACCAGCUCAGUAUGUAUUCAAGCCUUCCGAGCGUAAAGAUUUUUUGCAAUGGUUGCAAUCAAUUAAAUUUCCUGAUGGUUAUGCAUCUAGUAUUUCACGAAAUGUGCAUGUAAAUGAAGGAAAAGUUCUGGGUUUAAAGAGCCAUGAUUGUCAUGUGCUGAUGCAACGUGUACUUCCCGUGGGUAUUCGGAAACAUUUGAAAAGGCAGAUAUAUGAACCCAUUGUUGAGUUGUCAAAUUUCUUCCAACAAAUAUGUGCAAAGACAGUUACUUUUGCUGAUCUUGAUAAGUUGGAAGAAGACAUUGUGCUCAUAUUGUGCAAACUAGAAAAAAUCUUCCCGCCUGCUUUCUUCGUUCCCAUGGUUCAUUUAACUGUGCAUUUGCCACGAGAAGCUAAAUUAGCAGGACCAGUUGGAUGUCGCUGGAUGUAUCCUGUAGAAAGAUUGUUAGGCACGUACAAGAAAUCUGUCCGUAACAAAGCUCGACCUGAAGGCUCUAUUGUGGAAGCGCACAUGGCAUACGAAUCUUCAACAUUUUGCUCCAUGUAUCUAUGUGAUGUUGAGACGGAAUUCACCCGACUAGAAAGAAACAAUGAUGGUGAUGAUACCAAUGCACUCAUUUCUGUUUUUGCUCAAAAAGCACGUCCAAUUGGAGGUCAUUUAAUGGUUGAACUUUCGAGGAAAGAUAUAGAAAUGGCUUAUUGGUAUAUCUUAGACAAUUGUGACGAAAUUGAAGACUUCAGAAAUGAGCAUAUCCAACUUUUGGAAAGAGAGAAUCAUACUAAUGUAGAACAGAGGCAUAGACAAUUGUUUCCAGAAUGGUUUAGGCAGCAAGUCAGUGAUCCAUAUGUGUUAGCUACACAAGCACAACAAGUAUUUUAUAUUGACGAUUUAAAGUUGGGUCAUCCUUGGAAAGUUGUGCAGAAGAUUCAACAUAGGCAUGUUUGGGAUGUUCUUGAGAAAGAUGAUGAUGAUGAUGAUAAUGAUGACGAAAAUGACGAAGAUGAUGAUGAGUAUGAGUGUGAAAGUGAUAAUUCAAUACGGCCGGUUCAAGAUGACAAUGAUGAAGGUGCUAUAUCAUUAUGCAGAGAAGACAUUGAUCCAGAAUCAAUUGAUGUUGACGAAGAGAUUCGAAGAAUGCUUGGUGUAAUGGGGCAACAAAUGGAUGAGGCAGAGACGGAGACAGAUAAGGAUGAGGAAUGGGAGAAAGAUGAGGAGGAGGAGGAUGAGGAGGAUGAGGAAUUGUUAUUUGGAAACAAUGAAGAUGGUGAAACAACUGAUACAUAUAGUGAUUAUGAUUAA